UAAUCACUCAUUGGUUGUAUUCUGAUUUAGAAUUGUCGUAAAGUCGAUUUCAAAAUGAAGAUUUGCACAGUUUUGCUGAUUUCAGCGAUAUGUCUAUUGGGCAUCACCAAUGCUUCGAAAACUCCUUUUAAAAUGCCAGCAAAGUUUUUGGAAAAAUCGAAGCUCGUAGGCGAGAAAUGUGUGAAAGAGGCUGGAGCAGAGUCUGACUUUUUGGAACAUCUUUUCCCAUGGAAUUAUCCUAAAACCGAAGCUUACGAAAAGUCCUUGCUUUGCUUCGCUACAACCAUUGGUUUAGCAAAUCAAGAUGGUAUAUUUUACACAGAAAAAGUACAUCCUGUUUUUAGCAGCAGUGAAAAUUUCGAAGAAAUCAAGAAAGCCUUCGCAGAGUGUAACGCUAUGAGAGGAAACAGUCCACAGGAUACUGCAUUCAUCAUAUCUGAAUGCUUCUUUGACAAAGCACCUAUCAGACUGACGAUGUGAAACGAAUCUUAAAAUAUUUUCCACUCUUAAAAGAACACGAAAAAAAAAUGUUGUCCAAAAAAUAUAAGAUAAGUAGAAAU